UGACGUCGUUCAUAGUACGUAGCUCUCAGAUGGUAGUGCUGUAGCUCGCGUUGUUGUUUAUCUCGGGCAGGCUUGUGGAUAUAAGUCGAUAAACGCGUCAAUAUGCCGUAUUUAGUGAUAUCACACUCGACGGAGGCGUGUUCUCGGUGUAUCCCGACAAGUGGGUCUUAUUACUCUAUUAACCUUAACGGAAGAUAAGUAAAUAGCGAUCGAUACAAAUCGAUAUUGUGCAACAGUUCAUUAAAUUUUGUUACUAUAAAAGAAGAAUCAACGAAGAUGGCCCUCUACAGUUUGAAGAGCAACCUUCAGUACGCGACCCUGAAGACUCUGUCGCUGGUGUCGAUCAGCGUCAUGUCGCCGCAGCAGUCCAUCAAGGAGUUGUUCCGUACCGCGGACUGCGUCUGCUUCGACGUCGACUCCACAGUCAUCAAGGAUGAGGGCAUUGACGAGCUGGCCAAGUUCUGCGGAAAGGGAGAUGAAGUUAAGAGGCUGACUGCCGAAGCUAUGGGAGGCAACAUGACCUUCCAAGAAGCCCUGAAGAAAAGGCUGGACAUCAUCAGACCGAGUGCUUCUCAGAUCAAAGAUUUCUUAAACACCUUCCCCAUUCACCUCACACCUGGAGUUUCAGACCUAGUAAAAGAGCUCCAUGAGCGAGGAGUGAAAGUGUACCUGGUCUCCGGCGGGUUCCGGAGCCUCAUCGAGCCGGUGGCAGCGAUGCUGGGUAUCCCACCCACCAACAUCUUCGCUAAUAGGCUUAAAUUCUACUUUAAUGGUGAAUACGCAGGUUUUGAUGAAAACGAGCCUACGUCCAGGUCUGGUGGCAAGGGUCUGGUGGUCAGAAGACUGAAGGAACAGCAUGGCUACCAGAGACUGAUCAUCAUUGGAGAUGGCGCCACGGAUGCUGAGGCUAGCCCUCCUGCUGAUGGCUUUAUUGGAUUCGGAGGCAAUGUAGUUCGUGAUGAGGUCAAAAAGCGUGCUCUGUGGUACGUCACCGACUUCCAAGAACUUAUCACCACCCUCACCUUGCAGACCAAGUGAAUCCUCGGGACUUCUAGGACAAAUUGCAUAUGUGCUGAAAUACGUACUCUAGUACGUUGACAUAGAGUCCAGAUUGCCAUUCUUAUGUAAAUUAUAAAAUAAGCAAUAGCAGAAAUAAUUUAAAAUGUAUUAAAUUAAAUGUGUCAACUAGUCGAAUGAGCUCCUAAGGGAAUUCAAAUAACUGUUUCCUAUUGGUAGUUUAAUUCGCGUUCGAAAUAUAAACGGCAUUUCGCUAUUCGGCAACGUUCAUAUUCGCGGAGGUUGCCAUAAUGAAUAUUUAAUUUUAAUUGUGAUAUAAUGAUUGUCAAUUUGUGCCUUAUUAAUUGUCGCACAUAUUAAGAUUCUAAGGUGUAUUUCGAUUGUGCAUUUAAUUUUAUUAUAUUAUUAUUAAUCGUAUGUUGUGAUGGUACUUUGAGUACAAAAUGAAUGAAUACUUUUGAGUAUAAUCGGGACCUAGUUCCGUUGUAACAGUUGGUGAUUUUGACGUGAAAAAUUAUUAUUAUUUUUUUUUUAUAAGUAAUGUAUUGUCCUACUCAUUUGAUCUGACUUGUCCUUUAUGUUUCGUCGUUCGUCUUGUAGUAGCGUAAUUUAGUGACGUCAACGGCUGAAGUGCCAAGUUAAGUCAAUGGAGUGGAGAGUUUAGUAUAGUCGAUUAGUUAAUGAGCUAGAAUGGUACCGUUGAGGUUCAAAAAAGUAUUAUUAUUUAUGAUUGUGACUAUGUAGAAAUAUUUUAUUAUAAUUGUUUGCUUAGUUGACUUGAUAAUACUUUUGUUACUGGCUACGCUAGUAGCGUGAAGAAUUCGUCUUUACAUGAGACUCAACGGUAACUCUUGCGAAUUUUAAUAUAAUAUUAUUUUAACGUAUCAAUCAUGUGAAUGGUAAUAUUAAUCGUUAUAAAUAUUGUUGGUAGUUAUUUAUUUAAUUAGUUGCCAUAUUUUUAAGUGAUUAUGUUAUUAUUAAUAUGAAUAAUUUAUAUUCAAAACGGCUGUGUACUUCUUAUGAAUAGGUAAUAAAAUUAUUACUUGUAAGUUUA